UCGACAGACAGGUAUGACUGGGUUGAACUGGAUUCAACAUGGCGAUCGUUCUGGCUCAUAUACUCGCGACAUCGCCCAGCUUCUUGACGUUUUCCCGAAGGUGCAGUGUGAAAGAAACUAAUUUAUAUUGAGAAGGAUGGCGUGAGGCGACGAACACGAGCUAUCCGAGAAAGAUAAAACGGCGACAAAAUGUCAACUAGGUCGCAGCUCACCAAGGAUUUGAAUGAAUCAGUGAAGGCUCUCUUGGGAAAACACGUGAAAAUUUUACUAAAAAAUGUCGUCAAGCUAGAGACCAAGCAGGACAAACAGGAUAAUCGGGUACUGGUAUUCUCGCCGUGUCGUCUCUUCCUUCUGACUGCCAAAGUGCCAACAAGAAUCGACUGCCACUUUCACUAUUUGGAAAUAACAUCGAUAGAAUCGAAGCGAGCUAACCAGCUAUGUCUCAUAGUUGGAGAACGAAUUUUCAGCUUCACUACGACUGGCGCAGGAGCCGACACCGCCGAGGUCGACGCUAUGAUCGAGGCACUGCACACUGCGAUCCGGAACAUCUUUCCCACAGUACCACUCAAUUACAUUAUAAGAAAGAUAGAUGUAAUACCGGCUAGUAGAUUACAAAGUAUCCGUGGCAGCGAAUUGGCCAGGAGUACAGAGGCCACCAGACAUACCGGUCCCUGCGGAGGGUUUUCAACGCAGUACGCGUGCAUGUGUGACUUGCACGGCGUUCCGUACAGGGAGGAGGUUGCUUGGGACGUGGAUACGAUAUAUUUGUCCCACGACACGCGAGAACUCAAUCUGAGGGAUUUCGAUCAUUUGGAGCAGAAAGAUUUGGUUCCGAUAAUUUCGGCUUUGGAGUAUAACACGUGGUUCACGAAACUGAGAGCCUCGCAUCUUAAAUUAAGUCACGAGCCACUAGAGAGACUUUUGCACGUAAUGCGAAGAUCUCUCUCGAUACAAGAAAUUUAUCUAGACAAUCUCGGCAUCAAAUGGGAUUUCGCACACAAACUUUCCUUAGCUUUAAUUUCUAAUGCCAAUACGAUACUGCACACGAUUGACCUCUCAAGCAACACUAUAGAGGACAAAGGAGCCUCUAGCUUGUGCGGGAUAAUAGCCAAGUUAAUGCAAGGGGCGACACACUUGAGCUGUCCGAUUGGAAAGCUACCAAAGGGUUUGCAGAGACUAAAUCUAGCACAUUGCGGAUUAACCGGAAAGGGCGUUGGCCAAAUAGCGCACACUUUGAGUCUGAACAGAAGCAUGCCAACUAGUCUGCAAUAUUUAAAUCUCUCAGGGAACACAUUAAAGGACGACAUAAACAACUUGUGCAACUUUCUCGCACAACCAAACAGCCUGACCCACUUGGAUCUCAGUGGCACGGAUACGACAUUGGAAUGCUUGUUCGGUGCUCUACUGCGUGGCUGCGCUACCAAUCUAGUCCAUCUGAACGUCGCUCGUAAUUCAUUCACCAGUAAAAAGACCAAAGAAAUACCACCGAGUUUUAAGCAAUUCUUCACGGCGACUCUUUCUCUUAAGUACUUGAAUAUCUCGUUCUGUAAGCUUCCUCUUGAAGCCCUGAAACACCUUUUGCUUGGUUUGGCUUGCAACGAGAGUACUGUGGGCCUGGAGUUGGACAUGAGCGGAAAUAAUCUAGGCUCAAUGGGUGCUCACGUUUUGGAAUCUUGUAUCCAUGGCGUUCGGUGCAUCGCUUCCCUCGACAUUUCGGAGAGCAAUAUGGACGUCGAGCUGGCUCAGGUGAUCACGGCCGUUGGAAAAAAUAAAUCCAUCAAGCAGUUGUACAUGGGCCGGAAUACCAUAGGCAUGAAGAGCAAGCACAUCGCCGUCGUGAUGGAUGCUCUGGUGAGCAUGGUCCAGGAGGACGAUUGUGUUUUACAAGCUCUCCAUUUACCCGACGCCAGACUCAAGGCCGAUCUCUACAAUCUAAUCAACGCUCUCGGAAGCAAUACCUGUCUCCACACUUUGGACAUCAGCGGAAAUCAAAUCGGAGAUCCUGGAGCGCGUUUACUGGCUAAAGCUUUGCAAAUUAAUAAUCACCUGAGAACCAUUAUUUAUGACAGGAACAACAUAACGCUACAGGGUUACGCGGAUAUCGUUCAUGCUCUAGAAAACAAUUACAGCGUUAGGCACAUGCCCUUCCCCAUCUUCGACCUUCAACCUUGUAUGAAAACCUCCGCCGAAAAGACUGAACAGCUCGUGAAGAAGAUUCAGGACCUUCUUCAGAGGAACGUUACUCCCUGCAAAUAUAGCCACGGUCAAGCUUUCAGAUUGCAGCAGGGUUUCUUAUUGAGUUCUACGCAACAGAUGGUAGACAGACUGGUUGUGCAGACGCAAGAUACUAUAAAGGCUUUAGCCGCCGAGAGUUGUGAUGCCAAUAAUGAUAUUAAUUAUGCGACGGGACUUAUACAGGAUGCCGAUAACUCUAAGCAGCUUCUACCGAGAUUGCACGAGGUACUCCAACGACGAGAUGAGAAUAACCCCGUUGAAGUCAGACUGAGGGACGUGGCCGACGAAAUUCACAGAGUAGUUACGUCCUACUUACAGGAUUCUCUGGACGCUAUGCUGAAAUGCGCGAGCGAACAGUGUCCUACUGUGUUGUCGCAGACAGUCAUCCGUGGGGACGAAAGUGAACCAAUUUCCGUCGAAUACGACCUCCGCAGCUCCUGCAAGGAAAAGAAUCAGAUCAACACGGAAUUCAUCCACGCAACGAUUACCGAACAGGCCGGCGCCGAUAUUGUUAACAGAGUCAACGAACUCAACUUGGCUGUCGCUGCCCACGUUUCCGACCGAGUCACUGACGAAGUUAUCGAAUCUUUGUCUCGAAGCUACAAAACUCUGAUUGGGGACUGCGACAGUAGAACUAGAUGUAGUACUCCGGAUGUUCUGAGACCCAGCGCAGGCUCCAUGAGCAGUGGCAGUGUUAUCGGCGUGAGUACCGCUGCUGGAGUUUCUAUUAAAUUAGCGAGUGGUCGCACUAGUCUUGUAUCUGAAGAGGACGGUCCUUCCGAGAAUUUCUUGCUAGAAAAUACGAUAGGACAGCAUUCCGGUGAUCAAUCGCCUAUGAAAUUGGAAUAUUUGAACCUUGCCACCCCGCAUCUGUCAAACAAACGCAAGAGUUUGCACGGACGAAAAUUGCGACCGAAAUCUGUGGUGGAUUCCGUCGAGGGUCUUUCGGCCGAUGAUAUUCCGGACUUGUUGCCGUCGCUGCCCAAGAGUCAGGCAGAAGCCAUCUCCGAGAAUGAGCAUUCUCUGACAGAGUCCUUAGACUCGGUAUCAGAAUUGCCGAACACGGUUGGCCAGCAACUCCAGCACCUCGUGAAGUCCCGACCUCGCCGUGCCAAGACAAGAGCGCCAACACGACCAAUGUUGAAACCGGAUCAGCCAGUCGAUGGCUUGGCUCUUGGCGAAGGUCUCGACGUAUUCUUCAGACCAACGACCCCGACGACCCCAUUGAUAUCCCCAACCAGUGACGACAGCUCCCUUCACACGUUUCCCACGGACGGAAGUCCAAAUCUCUCGCUCGUAAGCCACAAGAGCGUUGCACCGGAAUCUGACAAGAAACACGGAUGCAAUUUACCCAUGUUGAAAACACUUCUUGAGCCGGCGCCGAGAUCAAGAUCAAGUGACAACUUGGAAAAGUUUUCACCUUUGAUUGGUCGGCGUUCCCAGGGUGAUUCUCCAUUGACCGCAUCGCCUCUAGCACGACGGAACACAACCGAAAGCGCUCAGAGCCACGCCGAGAAAACGACCAAGUACGAGACCACCAAGGAAUUAAAGGGGGUCAAGGACAAUUCCGCGGACAAGUCCAAGCGAAGCACACUGCCAAUUGUUAGUGCAUCUCUCGCAUCUCGUAUACUGAGGGACUCUUCCGGGGACGAGAGCGGAAAACUCGCCUGCUCCUCGAAGGACAAUGAUAAACUCUCCCCGACAGUUAGGGACACGGAUCCUAAGAAGAUCCUAGCAAAGAAGAAUUCAAGUGAGAGUGAAAAAUCAGCAUUACAAGCAAUUCCAUCGGUGAAGCUACGAUCGACUGGCUUUGAUCUUCGAAGUCCUACGAACGGUGGAGGGCCGAAGAGCUCUUGUUCCGAUACGUCCAAGUCUCCGGUCCUUAAGUCCUUGGUCAAGGCAGGCGACAACCCCAGCAACGAACAUGGAAAGAGUAGCAGCACUCCAUCGAAGAGCAAACCUAUUCCGCCGGCCACGGCGCCCAAGCCACGACCAUGGAGCAUGGCCACAGAUAGAAAAUCCGGGGAAUUCAAUUUACUGAGCGACGGGUCGAGUCCAAACACUUCGGCUGGCAACACACCUGACUCCGGAGAUGCCCUGGACGAGUCUACCGACAGCGGAGUAAGUGGGCCAGCUUCGUUACCACCGACAUUAUCAGCGAGCAGUACUGCAAGUUCACUGAGCAAUACUAGUGUCGAGAAAAGAUCGGUCAGAGAACUAGCUGCAAGCUUGAGCAAAGGAAAGGCCGAUAGGAAGGAAAACGAGCACACCGCACCCGCAGCAUGGAGGUCGGUACUUCAUCGGUCUGUCGACCGACCAACGACAAAGGUAACGGAAGCGGCGACAAUGGCUGAAGAAAAUCGUUCGAGCGUUAAACACAGACGUACAUCUUUCUUACGAGAUUCGAACUUCAAUUAUGAUAACGACGUGGUUGACGUGUAGCGAUCGCACCGUUACUGUGCAGAAUGUAGGACACGAAUGCGUUAAUUAAGUAUUCGCUGAAUUCCGUCGGCGAGUAGUAACUUCCUGGGAUGCAGACGGAUAUGUAUUAUAUGCGCCCAUUUACACAGUCUAUCUAAUAUAGAAUAUAGUAUAGGAAAGAACUGCCGUACACGUAAAUUUUUAUACUAAUCUACAGCGAAGAAUUUUUUUAAUAAGCGGCAAGACAAGAAGCCACAUUCCAUUGUUGCAUUCGAGGUGCCAUAAGAGAUGGCUGGUUUAGCUUGACGUCAGAGAGGAAAAGCUCAUAGAAGAGAAGAAGCGGUGCGCGAGCGCGAGUGUGCUAUAUUAAUGCGUGAGUUGAUAUUAGGGGGGGGGGGUCAGGGUAUUGCAGGGUCAGCAAGAAUUAUGAAUCACUUAUUAAGCUAGACGAUGCCAACUGUAAAUCGUUUUAGCGUGUCCAUCAAGACACUAUUGAUGUCAUUUAUGCGUAUUAUUUCAAUUACGUCGGGUGUCUUGCUUGGAAGUGGAAAACGUGCAAAAGACUUUGUUAAUACAUUCGAAAAUGGGGUUGCCAAUAGCUAAUGAACUGGUUUGUUGAUUUACGAUGCGUUCUAAUCUUUGGAUAUUUAAUACACCUUGUGCGUCUUUACAUUUUCGGUGUGAGACUGUCUACUAGGGUAGAGCGGACGAGACGAGAGAGAGAGAGAGAGAGAGAGAGAGAGAGAGAAAUAAAAGAAAAGAGAAGGACAUACUGCAAAGGCGCAAUAGAGUUGAAAAAGCAAAAAGACUUUCAGGUUUUUUUGUCUGUUAGAUCGAGUGCGAUAGAUCUUAACGUAAUAAGUGCCUAUUGCGUAUGAUUAACUGAAAUCGCAUUACACUCACCACCGUAAGAAGAACACAAUUGGAGUCUUCCGCAUACGGAGAAUAAAGACAAAAGGAGAACGAGAACGAGAAUGAGGAGGUGGUUACGUGUCAUAUUAGUGAUCUGUGAAUAAUUAAUCGGUGCGAUCUUGCAAAGGCCUUCGAGGCGGAGUUACAUAAUCUACAAGAGCAAGGAUAAACCUCGAAUAUAAUUCUUUCCUACUAACGCUAAACUAACCAACGAAUGUUAAAUAUUCUGCCGAUCCGACGCGAAACUGCCGUCUUAACAUCUUUUAUCCAGAACUUGUUACGUGAACGGCCACUUCCAUCGUGCAUUUCUUUCCUUUUUUUCGUCUUUCUCUCACUCUCCCACUUUCUGUUUAUUCAGUAAUUUUUUUCUUUUGCCAACUCUCCUGAAACUCUAAUCAAUUAUCAGCACGCAUACUCUCUUUUGGUAGCUACGGGACAGUUCAUGUAUUCGAUAAUCUAAUCCAGUCCAAGAUGAGAAGAAAACAAGAAAAGGAAAGAAAACCUCGAAUUAUUCGAGAAUGCCGUGUGACCCCGGUGCUGUUUGUAUUCCGUUAGUCUUUUGAUAGUAUUGUAUAUUCAUAUACAUAAUAUAUGAUUAGAAAAGUAAAAUAACGCACACAUCGGAAAUGGAUAUUUGGGUUAAAAACUCGUCUCGCGAGCCUUUUAUCCUUUUAUUCUUAUAUUCUUAUAUUCGAUACGACAGGGUUCGACCCUUCGACUGCUAUAAUCAUAAUUUUAUGUAUAGUGCUAUCUGUCAGUCAUUAUUCAAAUUGUACGUUUUUAACAUUUCGGAAGGCGUUGCCGCCGCCUCGCAACAACUCCUCCGAUAGUUUUCUCAUUACGAUAUCACCUUAUUAAUGAGAACACCUCUUCACGCGUUCCUCGUACUCGCCCAGAAAUGCUAAACUACAGCAGCACACCAGCUAACCAGCUCGGAUUACGGAAAGUUGUGCAAUAGGCGUGCGAAUGCGUCUUUUCUUUUUUUCGAUUCUCCUACUCGAAAACAUUCUAGGAUUAUCGAGAUUCGCGCGAUACUUGUAUUUCUUUAUUCUAUGCUUUUCAUUUUCGUACGACCGAUCGGAGAAUCGUUGCGUCUCCCGAGAUACCUCGCGCUCCCUGCAAAUGGCUGAACAUGUAAAACAUAAAAAGUAUAAAAAUGAAAUUACAAACUAUAUAUUAGUUAAGCGACAGUUGUGUAAAUCUAAGAAACUUUCGCAAGUUCGACCGAGUCAGUAUGAUAAAGGGUAUAGCUAAUCAUGAUUAAGGCCGAUAGGUUAGACAUUAAAAGUAAGAAGAGCGAAGCGGAGGAAACGUCGAGAAGUGAUAUGAUAUACAUAUAACGAAUCCACAUAGAUAUUAGUUGUACGAGCGUAAAGCGUUUUAACGUUUUUCGCUCCACAGGUGAUUGUCUCUUAAGCGAUGAUCAAACGAAUGGCUAUGGCUAUUCUAAAAUCUACGUCAACGCGUCGCGACUAUCGAGGCAGCUAUUUCUUAAUUUGGUCCAUCGAAUCCAUUGACGCGAGCAAGUAGAAUUCUGGCCGUUAAAAUAUCAUUCUUGUGCCAAAAUUGUGAGAUAGGGGAAAUUUCGAAAUUUCCGUAAGACGUACACACGUAUAACGUUACUUUAUUUGGGAGGAAUGGCUGCGAGUUUUCGAAUUCUUCUAUGUACUAUUCUCAUAUUCAUAAACUCAGGGAAAGAAGGAAAAAAUGUAAUGAGAGAUACGAGCUCCGUGCGAAAUUCGAGAGGAGACGAAACAAGAGACACGUACAUAUGUAGAACCCAAAGCUUCGCUUCGGCCAAGCGCAUAAAAGAUCAUUUCGCGCUAUUACAUGCACUUGUCUCUGAGUCUAGAGAUUAAUUUAACUAAAGUUUCUUGCACGUGCGGAAUAAAGGGCGUCAGGUCGAUAUUUAUAUUUAGCCGCAACCUUAUACGGAUAUUAUAAUCUUCUUGUAAUUUAUUAGAAUAAUACGCGUACUUGGGGCAUGCUCCCGGAAUAUUAUCUUGUAUUUUUAUCGCCUCUAAUUGUAUUUUGAGCGGACAUACAUUAUGAGACGCGAGCCUUUUGCGAUUACACAGAUUUUUGAUAAAGGACAAGCGUUUGUGCCCUUUAUAUCAUCUCGAGAUAAUCGCCUGUGACAAUUAUAGAUGUAUAUAGUUAUACUUAGGUAUGCGAAUACGUGCGCGCGCGCCUACGCGCGUGUGCGUGUGCGUGCGUGUGUGUAUUGUAUAUUUAUAUAUUUCAAUUCGCUCCAGUACAUUCCUGUAUUUACGGCCUCCUCCUUAAAGAUAUUACACACUGACCCUUAGUAACUCCGCGAAUAUAAUCUAUCAGUUAAUGAGUAAAGACUCAAUUAUUAAACUGAUUACUCCGGUAAA